UCGUACGUAGUAUAGUAUUGUGCAGGACAGGAGAUGGCACAUUGCCAGAAAGGUUAUCAAGUGCGGACUUUGACAUGUCCGGAUGUGUCCUCAGCCAUAAAUUUGGGAAUUUGGUUCUCGCACUGUUUUUACGGGUGUAAGAUCAAUUACCUGUAAUAUGGGUGAAGUGACAUCUCGAAAAAAUAUACCCGCGCAUUAAUGGUGAUUGAAGAUAGAUUGCAGUGCUUGCUUAUCUGUAUUUUGUAUUUAAGUGAUCCAACAGUAAUCAGUAAAUUUCCCAAUAUUUCAGACUGAUUUAUCUGUUGAGUGACGUGAUCCCCUAUACGCGCUAUACAUCUGUUGAGGUUAGGCACGGCUUCCUUUCUGCCACAUAUAGUUAUAAUUCUUAACCUUGGAGAUUGAAAUUAGUGACAUUGCGUUAACAUUAUAAGCACAACCAUGGCUGGAAGCAAUCUGUUGCUUUCUGUGCGGUACCUUAUCGCGCGCAACGUUAUCCCACUAAAUGAAUGUGCAAACAGACCGGUCGUACUAUUUAGAGAUACCGGAGCAAUUUCACCUCAUUUUCCUCGCACCAUGGCGACAGUCAACAGCUUGGGCGGCGACGAUUCCAACAAGUGCGCGAAAUCUAAACGAUGUGUGACGCUAGAAACAUUAAAUCCAUGCAUAAAAGAAAUGCAAUAUGCUGUUAGAGGGCCACUUGUUAUUCGUGCAUCGGAAAUCGAAAAGGAACUGGAAAAGGGUGUCAAGAAACCAUUUACUGAAGUUAUUAAAGCUAACAUUGGUGACUGCCAUGCCAUGGGACAGGUGCCUAUUACAUUUAUUAGGCAGGUGCUUUCUCUGGUCUCUUAUCCAGUAUUAUUUGAUGAUCCUAAGUAUCCCAGUGAUGUGAAGUGCCGAGCAAAAGAAAUUCUGGCUGGUUGCAGAGGUGGCAGUGUUGGGUCAUAUUCUGAUUCUCCGGGAAUUGAAAUUAUCAGGAGACAUGUAGCUGAAUACAUAGAGAGGAGAGAUUGUAUUCCAAGCUGUUGGGAGGAUGUUAUUUUGUCAGCUGGUGCCUCUGAAGGCAUAAAGUCAGUGAUGAAGUUAUUGAUAGCAGAAGUAAAUGGGAAGAGACCUGGUGUCAUGAUUCCAAUUCCUCAGUAUCCAUUGUACUCUGCUACUCUUUCAGAAUUUAACAUGGCGCAGGUACCAUAUUACCUUGAUGAAGACAAGGGCUGGGGCUUAGAUGUAACUGAACUGAAACGGUCCAUAGCUGAGGCUAAAAAAGUGUGUAACCCUCGUGCCAUUGUGAUUAUCAAUCCUGGAAAUCCAACUGGCCAGGUUCUUUCAAGAGAAAAUAUUGAAGAAAUAAUCAAGUUUGCACACCAGGAGGGAUUAUUUGUUUUUGCUGAUGAGGUGUACCAGGACAACGUAUAUGCAAAGGGGAGCAAAUUUCAUUCAUUUAAGAAGGUUAUGAUGCAAAUGGGACCACCUUAUUGUGAAAUGGAGCUGGCUUCUUUCAUGUCUGCAUCAAAAGGGUACAUGGGGGAGUGUGGUCUUAGAGGAGGUUACUGUGAACUGAUUAACCUUGACCCAGAAGUGAAAGCAAUGUAUUUAAAAAGCAUUAGUGCUGGAUUAUGUCCUACUGUCCUUGGACAGACUGUGAUAGACUGCAUAGUGAAACCGCCUCAGCCAGGAGACUCGUCAUACGAGCAGUAUGCAGCAGAAAAGAAAUGUAUCUUAGAAUCACUUGCUGUGAGAGCCAAAAUGGUUGAGGAAACAUUCAACAGUGUAAAAGGGAUGUCUUGCAACACAGUACAGGGUGCCAUGUAUGCAUUCCCACAGUUAAAACUUCCAGAAAAAGCAAUACAGGCAGCCAAACAAAAGAACUUACCACCAGAUGCGUUCUAUGCAUUUGAGUUAUUGGAAAAUACAGGAAUCUGUAUUGUGCCUGGAUCUGGAUUUGGGCAAAAACCAGGAACUUAUCAUUUCAGAACUACUAUUUUGCCACAGCCUGAUAAACUGAAGAGCAUGAUGGACAAAUUCAAGGCCUUCCACGAGAAGUUCCUGCAGAAACAUGAAUAAUGUGUAAAUAUAAGGAAACUUGAAAACACUCUAUUAUCAGAGUUAUUUCAAGUGACGAGUGUGUCGUGAUGCUCUCUUUCUUUGUGGUGGAAAAGUCUUAAACACAUUUGUUCAAACUAGCUCUAUAUAAAGAAGGAAAAAAAAUUGGUGUACUUCCUAAUGAACAGUGCAUUUUGUGUGAUUUUGUCACUGCUUCAGGCAAUAUUCUUCUUUCAUUUUGUGCACAUUAUCAUGUUGAAUAAAUUCCUUGGAUAAUGUAUCAAACAGAAUUUUGAGAGUAGUUACAGAAAGUAUACACAACAGUAAACAAGAAAGAUAGGAUCCAGAGUAUGAAACUUUACAAUAGGGUAAGAAUUGGAAGCACAUUUUUGAGUAUUGUUCACAGAAGCUCAAAAAGAUGCACUCAAAAUUGACAGCAUUAUCUUGAAUUCUAGUUUAUCUUUAACAAUAUACGUUUUGCAUUAAGUCAAAUGUUACGUUUCAUAAUGUGGAACACGUCAGUGAAGAACAGUCUAGAAUUGCUCUGUUGUUAAAUUUGUGUAAUAUGCAUAUAGAUAGCAGAAUAAUUGUGACUUGUUACAGAGUCCCUAAGUCACUUCAAAUUAUUGUGAAGAUUAUAUACAAUUAAGUCAGAGAAUUUUCCCGGUAAAGGUAAAAUUUUUUAGUGACAUAGUUUUUAAUAUUUUGCUUUACAUUUUUUAGAUGUGACUUUUUCCUAGCUGAUACUGUGAACAGUAUUAUUGGUGUAUUUUCUUUUCUCAUCCUUAAAGCUUCAUGUUUUUGUAUGAGACUGUUAGUCAUAUACCCAUUCUAUUGAAUCGCUUGGAAGUGGGUUUUAUUGACUGCUUGUAAAUGUUGUAGAUAUCCUACUAUCUGUGAAUAAAUAACUAAUACUCAAAGA